GUGCCCCCAUUUGCAAAGGGGUCCAGGGGAUAGAGUAAGGGGGGCUGCUUUUUUGCAGAUGGGGAGAGGGCAACACUUUUCUUUGAGAAGGGCACCCUCUGGAGAUGGAUGGCGCCUGCCCGUGAACCCCAGCAGAGGCAUAAGUUCCUCCCGCUUUGGAAGCCCCGCUGUAAGCAUGUUUGGAAGGACGGCCCCGGUUAUGUCACGGGGAUGUAUUUCUCAUCUUUGGCGUGUUUAGGAUUGACGUUAAGAUGCUAAGAUAAGAGGCCUGAGUGGGCUCCUCCUCAAAAUCUCGGUUCACGUGUAUGCCCUCUCCUCGCGCUUCUGAGUACGGUAUCCAGAAUACAAGCGGCUGAAGCAUCAUGAGCUGCUCCCACAAUGUGGUUUUCCUCUUGGACACUGCUGACUCCGCAGAGAAGGUUCUUCUUCAUCUGGGCACCUUGAGGAUCUUGAACUACUUGGGUUGCAAGUUUGGUCUGGCUAAGGUCCGAUGGGAUUUCAAGUUCUUUGAAUCCACAGAAAUCCGUGGCCGGGCUUCACAAGUAGGCAGGUUCCGGGAGCUUGGGUCCCGCAGUUGGGAAGACUUUGAGGAGGAGCUGGAGGCCAGGGUUGGGAACCAGGUCUGCACUCCGUGCUCACCUGGUCCAGUUCCACGAGCCACCGUGACUCAGAAUAUUCUGAAAGAAACAUUGCUUGACUAUCAGUGGGACCGCCCCGAAAUAGCCUCUCCUACCAAACCAGUCCUGAGGAGUCAAAAAAACAAGUUAACGGUGACUUUGGACAACCCUCCGGUGCACUCCACUCACAAUGGCUUUGCUAAUGCCAUUUUCAUCUUAUCUCCCUGCCCUCAUUCCCAGAGGGAACUCUGGCAAUUUAUUUCUGGAAAUUAUGCUCAUUUACCAGAGGAGCUGCCUCCUUCACAUGACCUGGCAGAAAAAUUCAUCCCUAAGAUAAUUCAGGAAAUGAUGGCCAAUCAGAAGGUCACUCUGUACUGGAUGGACACCACUGAACAGUCCAAGCUUCUUGAAUCCCCAGAUCACGUUGGCUAUCGUAUGUUGUUUGAAGUGAUGUGCGUCUUGGGAGGCAGCAUCUUGCCAUCUGAGGUCUUAAUCCAGUAUUUAGAUCAUCAGAAAAAAGGGACCAUCCCAGCUUCCCCUGUGGAGUGUUCCUGUUCUGAGCCAUCAUUCACCCCAUGGACUAAAAUAUUGCCUUUUGAUUCAUCUUUGAACUGCUUGCUUUCCUUGCCUUCUUCUUUACAAGUGUCCUUCCCAAAUCUGGAUGGAGUCCUGCUCCUCAAGGCUGAUGGAAAAGAAGAAGCCUGGAGUUGUGCUGUGGUGCUGGAACCUCUGACUUUGAACCAGAGGCACUUUGAAGGUACAGUUGAUAUACAUCUUAAAUGCACUGUGAGAGACUGGAGGGCAGUGCAUGUUAGAAAUCUUCAUACAGAGAGCUGGAUUCUCCGGAGUAAGCCAUUGGGAUCUUCAGCACAAGAGAUUUCUUUGUUCCAGCACUUUGUAAAAUACCUUCUGGCCCAAGGACUUCAUAUGGUUGCUGAAGUGUCGUUUUCAUCUGGAGCUGAUUCUCCUUGUACUGGCAUUUUCUCCCCCAUCUCUGGCACUGCUGCCCUUCUUUCUCUGCUCUUUGCUGGGCAAGUUGCAGAAGCAGAAAGAUCCCUCCUUCAAACAUCUGCAGCAGAGAACUUUUCCAAGGAUGAGGACUUCUGUCUUCCAGAAAUUGUGAGCAAUGUGCUAAGUCAAGCUGUGGAUGACUCAGACGAAGGCCAUCAAACAAGUCCUGAGACAUUAUGUCCAGAAUGGGCCCAGCAGGAGCUGUCCUGCACUCACAGGUGGAGUACUGCAGUCCUUGAAGAUUGGUACACUGUGUCAAACCUCUGUGGUGCAAGUUCACACUUGAUGGAAUCAUUUAGGAUGCUGCAAGCAAGUUCUACUAAAGAGGAAGAGGAGACUCCAAAACCAGAAAUGGAGCUGAUGCAGUCCCUAGCAGAAUAUUACCAGAAAAAAAUUUCUGAGCAUACAGUUUCAUCUCACCCCCAAGACCAGAAAAGGAGAUGUGGAGUUCCCCGGACACCCAUUAGGCAGAAAAUGAAAACCAUGCCUCGUUCUCUUCAGAUGCUGAACGUUGCCAUGCUGAAUGUAAAAGCUCAAAAAUAUCAGCCAGAUGGAGACCUGCCAGUGAACAAAAAGCCGUGCCAAAGGCUGCUAUCCAGAAGAUUGGAUGAUAAAGGGGAAGAAAAGAGAAGAAAAAGCAAAACCAAGAUAGACUUCAGUACUGAAGACAAAAUGCUUUCUUACAUCACUACGAACUACCAGAAGGCUAUGAUGGAUGGAGAAAAUUUAUUUGCAUGUUCUCAAGAUAUGGUGACAGCUGUUAAUACAUUUCAGAAAUCCAAUGAGGCAGCUUGUCUAGACACGAUCCGAGGCAGUCUCCUGAAGGCCACCAGCACUCUUCGUCAACAACUUGCCACUGACCCUGAUAAAGAAACCAGAAUCAAGGAGUGCCAACUUCAAGUAUAUUUGCGCCUGGAAAUGUGCCUGCAAUGUCCUUCUUUGCCAAACAGCACAGACAGAAUGGAGCAGCUUGUGGAAGAGAUGACGGAGUUACUUAGGAUGUUGUGCUUGAGUAAAGACCCAGGAUACCUCACCAGAUUUUUGGAAGAAGUUGUAGAUAUAUAUAUGGAAUCUAUGCCAAAGACUCUUGGUGAUUUGUACUACAGUCUGGGAACAGAGAUUCCCCCUAAGUUAGCUUCUGUCCUUCCAGUGGAUUUCUUCAGCGAUGAUUCCGUAACUCAGGAGGCGCAAAUGUCAUCCCUUCCUGCUUCUGCUGCCUCUGUUCCACUUUCUAAAACAGGUUCUUUAAACACUGAAGCAGAUGAGCUGGAAGAACUGCGUACCCGAUCUGCUAAGAAGCGAAAGCAUCCGUUAGCCAGACAUCGAAGUAUCACGGAAGUGUCACAGAACUUACGCCAAAUAGAAAUUCCUCAAGCAUCCCGGAACCACAGGAGAAAGGACAGAUCUCACGUGCCCUUUGAUGUCAAAUUGGCACCCAUUUCAAAGAAAACGGGAGUACAAGAAGUGACAAAGGUGAGAAGAAACCUUUUCAAUGAAGAAAUGUUACCUCUGAGCAAACGUUCCUUACCAAAGAUUGCUCGGAGCCAGUCAGUUUCCAUUUUAGAAGAUCUGAAAGAUAAACCCAGAUCUAAUGAAGACGUUAGAGCAGCUCAUCACAAGCUAUUGACCAAACGGGUGGCAGAAACCCCCUUGCACAAGCAGAUUUCCAAGAGGCUGCUGCACAGGCAGAUUACAGGCCGGUGUUCAGAUCCUGGGUCUGAUGUUGGCAUUGUAGAAGAAUCUCCUGAAAAAAUCAUAACCUGUAGUUUAAGAAGAAGUCCACGGAUAAAGCAAUUGAUGCAGGAUAAAUUUCUCUCCAACUCCUUCCACUCCCUAGAGCCAGAUAAGAAGAAAACACCACAAGUACAUUCUGUACAUCUGGAAGAGCCAGGUCUGGCUUCACCUCCCGUAAAAGCCACCCAAUCUCCUAAGAGCAUUCUCUUUGGAGAAGUUCUUGAUGGAUUUUGCUUGGGGAGGAUGGGCUCUCCCCGAACAAGAAGAAAACAACUCAUCUUUGAUGAGCCUGUUCCUCAGGCACCAGGGAAGAGUUGUUCUCAAUCUUUCCAGGAGCUCUUAAAUCCCAGCAGCAGCACGUUGAGAAGAUCUCCUCGGAUUCAAGAAAAGGCACAGUGGGCUCCCCCGAAAACCCCAGCCCUUAAAAACUCUGUGGCAAAAUGUUUGGGAAAUCUUUUCUCACCUGCCAGACAGAAGAGCAAGUCCUUGUCUGAAUCCACUGAAAAUAAGGAAUCCCGUCUGCCCCGGAUAACAGAGAGGAAGGGCAGGUAUCCUUCCCCAUCCAAGGCAGCAGAACUGCAAACUCCCAAAAAGCAACCACUGCCUGAGAUGCUGGAUGAUGUAUUUGUUUUGCCUGCAGAGGGUCCCAAUUCACCAAUUAUUCUGUCAGCUCCUCCAUCCCCAUUCAGCGUUCAGGGGAAGUCACGCUCAGAACUGCAGUCCCCAAGACGUUCCUUGAGAAUUGCCCAGAAAACAGCGCCCACGGCUUCGGCUGAGAACCGGACUUUUGAGAUAAGAAGAAAUACGUGUCCAGAGCCAUUCUUAUCCGUGGAGGUGAACUCUCUGCUCUCAGUUGCAUCAUCCGCAACCUUCAAAGACACACAUCCAGAACUGGGUUUGUCUCCAAAUAUUAGGACUCUCACUGAGACCUCUUCAGAGAUUCAUUCUGCUUUCCAGUCUGAUGGUCUCUCUCCACCUUGUAACGGGCCGGCAAAAGCUGUGAGCCCUUGCACAUUCUCUCCAGCUAGGGAAAAGCUGGGAAGAAAGUCUUGUACUCCCCAAGAAACUCAAACCGUCAGAAAGACCUCCCCAAUAAAAGCUCUCAGCUCCCCUCCUUGCUUGCCUGAGGAGGAGCAUCCCUGUAUGAACAGCAGGAGUCUUUUUCUUAAAACCAGCCCAUUUUUUAAGCCUGGCAAUACAGAGGUGAUAUCCUUGGAUCAGAGAUAUGAGCAAACAGCUAAAAUAAUAAGUCCAAGUAAGAAGAGGGAUUUAGAGAGAUGCCUGCCUCCUGCCUUCUCCUCCAAUAAUCCCACACACAUUGCACAUGCCAUAGUAAUGUGUGAACAGUUAGAUGUGUCCCCCCUUCUCAACAAGUCUCUUUCGGAGAGUUCUCAUGUAGAUCAGGGUCCCAAGGUGUCACAAAGUACCAUUUCUUCAGUAGAAAAAGGUGUAGGUUUUCAACCUCUGCUCUUCUCAAGUCCUCCCGGACAUGAUCAGGCCUCCCUGCUUGCAAUCUCAAAGUCAGGUUCUUGUGCCUAUGCAUUGCGUUGCACCCCUGACAGAAGGCAACGGGAAGCUGCAGCACGAUUUGAGAUGGCUGAAAGGAUGGCAAUAUCUGGUACUGUUGGGGCUGCAGCUCCUCCAUCGACCUACGAGGUUGAGCUUGAAAUGCAAGCUUCUGGUCUGCCAAAGCUCCGCAUUAAAAAGGUUGCUUCUGAGGCAGGUGAGGAACAGCAGCCUCUUGUACCUGAAAAACUCAAGGGGGAGGAAAAUGAUCGUACUACGGGGGAUCUUUCAGUGGCCUGGUGUAGUAGGCACUCAGAGAAAUUGGAACCAGUGUCCAUCUCACCGUCUUGUGUUCGCUCUGCCCAUAAUACCCCUGGGAAGUUUGGGAUUGGUGGGCAGACAUAUAUAUGCCAGUCAUACUCACCAACUCUCUGUACCUCAUCUACAACUUCCCCAUCCCAGGGCAGCAUUGGUAUCCCUUGGACUCCAUCUCCGAAACAUAAAGGGAAGGUUACCCCUGAAGCUAUCAAAGAUUGGCCACGAAGAAAAAGGGCUGCUGUUGGCUGCAACAGAAGCGAAAGGCCAGCAGAAGCUGUUGGAGAAGAGCCAGCCCCAUGUACAGGGGGCAGGGAAGCAUUAGAACUCUUCAGUAGCAGAAAGGUUCAGCACUUGGGAGAACCAGAACUUGAAGGAAUAUAUAAGCUUCAAGAUCAGUCACUUGGCAGUGAUACAGAGGGCAGUAAGGAGGAAAACAUUUGCAGGAACUCUCUGGGGCUAGAGUCUAGAAAAAGGGCUUUGGAGCAAACACCAUUAGAAGAGGCCAGCCAGGAAAUGAAAAGGCCAUGCCUAAUAAGAGAGAACCCUGAAGCAGCUGUCUACUCAACCAAACGGCUGAGCGUGGGAGAACAGACAGUAUCCUCCAAGUCAAUGAUCUUGGAGGACAUCUUCAGCUUCUCAGAUAUGACUCCACCCAAAUCUUCAGGAAAAGGUGUGAUCUCUGCUAGUGGUCUUUGGGCACUGGAACAGUCCCCACUCCUCUAUAAAGGCCAUCCUGCAUCCCUGAGGAAGUGCCCAAAAGGGGAAGACUCAGAUGCGUUUGGAGCUGCAAACGAGGACGUCUCUCUUUUUCGCAGCACAGCUGCCAGAAAGCGAUCCAAUACUAAGACCUACUCACGGAAAAGGCCACUCUGCUGAAAUGGGAAGGCAAAUGGGAAUAUUUUUAAGCCAGACAUUCAACCUCUUUGGGACAAACUUUACAAUCAAGAUCAGGAUUCGGUCACCAAAAGGCAUUGCUGUGUGUGGCUGGCAGUGAUCCAUGGCUGAGUUCCAAGGACAGCAAAAAGAACAGUGUUUUAUAUAGGUUUUUUAAAGUAAGGGCUAUGCUACGGUAUGGCCCUUAUAAGGUUUUAAAAGUCAGGAAUGUCGUGAACGGAGAACAGUGAAAGUAACCACUUUUAAAUUGUUCUUUUGCAAAAUAAAUUAAUUUAC